AUUAACACUUGAGUAGCCACUGUUUACGUAGGCGAUCUUUUUUGCAUGUGCUAUUGAACUGUACUUUGCACCAGCGGCUCCAAUGAUGGCUGCUACCUUUUUGAAACGUUCAUCAAGUUUUACAUUCAUCUGCCGUGCAGUCGCUUGGUUGUUCUUGCUUUUAUCUCACUGUGAUGGCCGCUAUCCAAGUGCUGUUCAUCAAAGCUUAGAUCGCAAUGAUACGAUUCCAAAUUCCACGGUUUCUUUGGAAUGCCUUGAAGCAUGGAAGACUGCGAUGGCCAAUCAAUCAUUUGCAUGUAAGUUACCUUAAAACUUUAUUUAUAUAGAUGUUUCUUUCAUUUCAUAGUCAGAAAUUACCGCAGAAAUUACUAAUUGCAAACGCUAUUGCUAACGCUGAAUCGUGCUGAGACUUAAUUAUAUGGUUAGCUGGUGCGUUGGUUAGCGUGACUUAUAACAAUUUAUUGCAUAGUCAGUAAAUAGGUCGCGGCACCUCGAUUUGUAGACCUGUUUUCGGCAAAGUUUGGAGUAGUCGAUUCUGUUGCCUAUUCUAGAGAGAGGUAGUUUCCUUGAGUUUUCUUGACAAUGAAUUAUCAUCAGUGCUGGUCAUACAGCUACAAUACAAGUGAAGAAACGAUUUUGAUGGGUCUAUUAAAGCCGAGAAUCUGACGAAGAAGAAAGAAAUAACGACAGAAAUAGUAAUAAUAAUAAAAAACGAGCAACAACAGCCGAACCCAAAACGCUGAACUGGCUAAUCGAUAUCUAAAUGGCUGCCUGGCUUAGGAGAGUUAGAUUUGCAAGCUCAUGAUGAUGAUGAUGCAUAUUUUGCUCCUGCCAAGAUAAUAUCAUGUCCAUAAAUAAUUUUUUGUACGCUGUGGCAAAUUAGAACCCAGCACUGAACUGUACCGCAAAUGGCCCCAAUCUCACUUUUACCAUCAAAGUCAAAUUGAAGAGCUCAAUACAAAAAACAUCCUCUCCUAAAAGGAAAUAAGUUUUUGCACGGAGCCCUUCAUGUUAUUUCUUUACAAAUAAUACCAAUAACUGUAAUGUCAUAGGUAGCCAAGAGUAACACAGUCAACACACCAUUGUCACAGUCUCUUUUGUUAAUGCUAAGUCUCGAUACAGAAAAAAAAAAAAAACACCGGGAUGGAGAAAAUUCGUUUAUUUUAAGUUGGAAAGUGGAAAAAUUCAUUUGGCAAAACGUGUUGGAGCGUAAUGGGCUUAUAAACACGUAAUGCGCCGGUACAUUCGAAACUUCAAUACGCCCCCAAGUCGGCAAUCUCUCGGGCAUUUGUACAGCCCCCGAAAUGAUCCCGACCAUGAAAUGAUCCCCAACCCUGAAAUGAUCCCCAAAUCGACCCCGAAAUGAUACCGACCCCGAAAUGAUCCCCAAUUAAUUCUUGGAAUGGAAUGGUAUUCCGUCACGGAAUUAUUACAAAUCUGUUGCAGUGUUUACGUUCUUAAAUCGCGUUUAACAUUUCGGUACAGUUUAUGUGAUUUUUCAGCCCUUUUGUCAUCUAAUCGCCCUUAUGUAAACCUUUGCAUCUUCAACAUUAUUUUAAAAUUUUAAAAAGUGUUAAAACACCAUUUUUAAACUUCAACAUCCAAGGCAUUGAAAGCGUUACAGUCAAGAAGACUUUUGCAGGGACUGAUCAAACAACGUGAAAUAGACUUUAGUUGCGAUAUUUCGACUCUUCAUCUGGUUUAUUAAGUAAAAUAAUGACCGGAAAUUACAUAAUAUGACGUGGUAUGAUGUGGCUACUUUAAAAAGACAAGAUAACAAAAAAUAAAAGAUCUACUAUAUUUAGUUACAGUUCAUCACGUUUAUUGAUGCCUAGAGGCUCAAUUGUCUUAGCUUUUUGGAUAAGGUGGGCUUCACGUGCUUUCCUGAAAGAAUCACGCCCAUUUUUCAGUUUUUCAAUAGGAAGCAAAAGCAUACGAUUGUCGGAAUGAUUGCUGGUUAGAAAGUGUUCUGAAACUGCCGUAUGGAUGUACUUAGCAGUAGGGUUGAGUAUAGGUCGUCUGUGUUCAUUAAAACGGUCUUUGAGGAGACGUUUAGUUUCUCCAGUAUAUUGCAGAUUACACAGGCGACAUUGAAUCAAAAGUUUCACAAGGGAUGCAAGGCAUGCUGUUUUAACAUCACUACUAGAAUUUAACAUUUAUGAAGUUUUCUCUAUAACCCGGGCUAUAAUGACCUAAGUAACAAUUUUAAAAAAUUUUAUGUUUCUUGAUGUUUUCAGUUGUUAUGUUUCUUGAUGUUAUCAGUUGCAGUUACUAAAAAUAUACUAGACUUUGUGUAUUUUUUUUGAAAAUAAUAUUUUCGUUUAAUCCAGUUCAAAGUGUAAUCCCAAAUUAAUGUCAUGUGGGCAACUGAAGAUCAUUAGUGAAACUUAAGUUAUAAUGUUGUGCAUUUUGCACGAUCCGUAGUUCUAGGAUAUCAUUCCAUUCCUAAAAUUAAAUGGGGACCAUUUCGGGGUCGACGUGAAGAGAAAUGGGGAUCAUUUCGGGGUCGAUUUGGGGAUCAUUUCAGGGCUGGGUAUCAUUUUGGGGUCUGGAUCAUUUCUGGGGCUGUACACAUUUGAUCCUUUUUCAACACGCAUUUUGGUCAAACACAUUUUAUAGGCCAAUUAUAGCGGUCAAAUACCCUACCACAAUGCCGGAUUGGACUGUCAACGCUCCUCUCAUAGAAUGUUUUGUAAAUUGUGAAUUUGAAAAAUAGACUUCGCAUUUAUUAUGGUUAUGACUUAAUUUAUUGUGAAAGUUCCCCGAGAAGUCAGAAUUUUAUUUCCCAAUAAUAAUACAUACUGUAUACUCCCGAGGGGUACUCAACAAAUGUUUAUACGGGAAGGCUCCGCUCGGAGGUCUAACCCCGUUACCCUUUUAUAUACCAUUUUUCACUAGAAAGGCAACCCAUUUGUACACCUUCUAUUGGCAAAUGCUACUCCUUUCACAUUCUUUGUUUCGAACUUUAAGUAAUUAGAAUGAUAAGAAGAUUUCGUUCAGUGAAAAAAACAAUUUGGGGAUUGUUGCACUUUAACUGCUGUAAAUGCACUGUCUUUUAUAUAGGAGUUUAUCGGAAAAAUAGAAGGUUUUUUCGACUUUAUAAAGCCGUAAAAUUCAGUUGUUAGCCCUUUUGUUAUUUUAUAGUAAAUGUACUGGAUUUACCGUUUUCUUCACCUGUAACCAUAUAUCGCUAAGUUUGUAUAUAAAUCGACGUUGAAUAUAUUAAAUAAACGUUGAACUACCUUACCUGUGGUAUAUCGUCGUCCUUUUGCCUCAGAAGUGGUUUUUUGAACGAUUUUGAAGGAGUUGGAGUUUGCCGUUUACUGUUCCUAAAAUCAGUUUUUUUUAACCAUUUGGUUAACGACCUCCACUCAAAAAGAGGCAAUCAGCGGGGACGGUUUCUGGCUGGCACGUAUGAAUUUUGGUACGCAUUUUUACCGUUUAGAAACUGUGGGAUUUUUGGGACCAGUCAUAAUUUAAGUUGGAGGGGUGGGGUGGGGGGGUGGAGGAGAAAUUGUUUUUUAUCCCAAAUUAUUUCCAGACCCCUACUAAUAGCACCCAUGUUUUUUAGAUACCCCCUCUUCAAUCAUGUUAAAAGAUUUAAGGGCCCCCCUUUCUUACAUUAUACCCAAAUGGUAAUAACAAAUAACAUUUUCUUUACUUUACCGUUCUUACUCACUGUCACUUCCGAAUGUGCCAACUACAACAGAGAAGCACUUCACACUAAACUGAGAAAGAGAUUUCACCUAGAGCCUCUCAAACAGCUUAUAGAGCAAGGAUAUAUCAGUGAUUGUGUUAUAAUUGAGAUAAGACAAGCCAUCGAAAGGUUAGAGGCCGAUAGGACCCCUUUCAAGGAAGAAAGAAGAUAAUCAGCCAAAGCUUACUGCUUUUUAUAUGAGCAGUACAUGCUCUAAUAGCAAAAAACUUGACAGUGACAGACAGUAAGUCCACAUCAACCUCAUCUACAAAUAAUGAUUCGGAUAGUGAGAUUGCAUAACAUGACUGUAUGCAUAUAAUCAUUUGUUAAAAUGCCGAUGAAAUUGUCUCAGUGUUACAAAAUAAUGGAUGUUGUGUUGAUGCACCUACUAUUUGAACAUUAAAUCUUUUUGUCAAAAUGCUGAUUAAACUGUUUUAGUUUUACACAAUAUGGGACUUUGUGUAAAACUGAAUCAAAAUCAGGUCCUUUAAUACUCAAGCAUCAUGCUGCUCAGUAGGGAUGCUACUUAAAAGAAACUUGAAGACCCACCCAAGGUCACCUUUUGGCAUUUUAAGGCCCCCCAUAUUCCAUCCAAAAAAAAAAUUGAAGGCCCCACAAUUUCUCCUCCACCCCCUCCUCCAACUUAAAUUAUGUCUGGUCCCUUAAUUUUCUUCGAGGGCUAGCUCCGAACUUUUUGGAUGGAUUUUCGAUCGGAUAUUAUGGGGAGAAGUGUGAAUCUUUCGUCCUUUUUGCUGCGAAGUUUGAAAGCGGAGCGAUGCGAUUUCGUUCUAUUAUUAGGAACAGUAAACGGCGAACUCAAAAUCCUUCAAAACCGCUCAAACAACCGCUUUUGAGGCAAAAGGACGACGAUAUACCACAGGUAAGGUAAUUCAACGUUUAUUUAACAUUGAUUUAUAUACAUACUUAGCGAUAUAUCGUUAGAGGGGAAGCAAACGGUAAAUCCAGUACAUUUACUAUAAAAUAACAAUCGGUUACACAAAUGCAUGACAGAUUGUGUGGGUGCCCUGUGGUCAUCCAAUACAUACCAAACGUGCUAUUCCUUUCAGUCUAGCUCUUAGACUCCGCUGCGUUUGUUCUACCAACGAGACCUUCACACUCCACAUCAAUUAACUUAUGACUAUCUUUACAAACGUGCUUUAACGGGAAAUACAACGAGUUAACAAUAUCACACGGACAGAAGCACUUACGCCCCACGACACUUCCACACUGGACAAACCAGAACGUGGCUUCGUUAUCACCUACAACCCAGCCCUUCGUUCCAUCUCGUCCAUUAUUCGCAAACACUUUCACAUCCUUAUUUCAUCCCCACCGUUGCGUCUUUAAAGCUCCACCCAUUGUAGCUUAUAGAUGUAAGACGUAGUAGUAACCUCAGUGAUUUUCUAGUUAGGGCGAAACGUCGCAAUCUUACACAACCCAACCAGCCCCGGAGCUUAUACCCAUGCGGAAAGACUGACUUACUUGCAAAUACAGAUCUGACGGACAAACUUCAUACACAUCCUACUCUACAUGUGAAACCAGACCUAUCACUCAUCACAUCGACUGUAACUCUAAAAACGUCAUUUACGUGGCACAAUGCAACCACUGCUUCAAACAAUACAUAGGUGAAACCAAACGACGACUCAAAGACCGUUUCAACGAACACCGCAGACUAAUUGACAUUGUAUGUGAGACCCUGAAGCACAAAUGUCCAGUGCUGGCCACAAGAUCCCUACUUUCCUUUUUCAUCCUUAGUUCCACACUUCUCAGAGGUGUGGAAGUGUAGAAAAGUCUGUCAAAGUCAGGAUAAUGUCACACUUUCCUCCCUGUUAAGAACCCCUUGUCAUUCUUUACUUAGUUCUACACUUCUCAGAGGUGUGGAAGUGUGGAAAAGUCUGACAAAGUAAGGAUAUUGUCGCACUUUCCCCCAGUCAUGAACCCUUUGUCAUUCUUUACUUAGUUCCACACUUCUCAGAGGUGUGGAAGUGUGGAAUAGUCCGACAAAGUCAGGAUAUUGUCGCACUUUCCCCCACUCAUGAACCCUUUGUCAUUCUUUACUUAGUUCUACACUUCUCAGAGGUGUGGAAGUGUGGAAAAGUCUGACAAAGUAAGGAUAUUGUCGCACUUUCCCCCAGUCAUGAACCCUUUGUCAUUCUUUACUUAGUUCCACACUUCUCAGAGGUGUGGAAGUGUGGAAUAGUCCGACAAAGUCAGGAUAUUGUCGCACUUUCCCCCACUCAUGAACCCUUUGUCAUUCUUUACUUAGUUCUACACUUCUCAGAGGUGCGGAAGUGUGGAAUAGUCCGACAAAGUCAGGAUAUUGUCGCACUUUCCCCCCGUCAUGAACCCUUUGUCAUUCUUUACUUAGUUCUACACUUCUCAGAGGUGUGGAAGUGUGGAAAAGUCUGACAAAGUAAGGAUAUUGUCGCACUUUCCCCCAGUCAUGAACCCUUUUGUCAUUCUUUACUUAGUUCCACACUUCUCAGAGGUGUGGAAGUGUGGAAUAGUCCGACAAAGUCAGGAUAUUGUCGCACUUUCCCCCACUCAUGAACCCUUUGUCAUUCUUUACUUAGUUCUACACUUCUCAGAAGUGCGGAAGUGUGGAAUAGUCCGACAAAGUCAGGAUAUUGUCGCACUUUCCCCCACUCAUGAAUUCUUUACUUAGUUGUACACUUCUCAGAGGUGUGGAAGUGUAGAAAAGUCUGACAAAGUCAGGAUAAUGUCACACUUUUCCCCCUGUUAAGAACCCCUUGUCAUUCUUUACUUAGUUCUACACUUCUCAGAGGUGUGGAAGUGUAGAAAAGUCUGACAAAGUCAGGAUAAUGUCACACUUUUCCCCUGUUAAGAACCCUUGUCAUUCUUUACUUAGUUCUACACUUCUCAGAGGUGUGCAAGUGUGGAAAAAGUCUGACAAAGUCAGGAUAAUGUCACACUUUUCCCCCUGUUAAGAACCCCUUGUCAUUCUUUACUUAGUUCUACACUUCUCAGAGGUGUGCAAGUGUGGAAAAGUCUGACAAAGUCAGGAUAAUGUCACACUUUUCCCCCUGUUGAGAACCCCUUGUCAUUCUUUACUUAGUUCUACACUUCUCAGAGGUGUGGAAGUGUAGAAAAGUCUGACAAAGUCAGGAUAAUGUCACACUUUUCCCCCUGUUAAGAACCCCUUGUCAUUCUUUACUUAGUUCUACACUUCUCAGAGGUGUGUAAGUGUGGAAAAGUCUGACAAAGUCAGGAUAAUGUCACACUUUUCCCCUGUUAAGAACCCUUGUCAUUCUUUACUUAGUUCUACAUUUGCUCAAAACCCUUCUCGACGGGACGUGACAAGGACUGCAAAGAGAUGGUCAGAGCUAUCGAUUCUGGUGGACAAAAUGCACAUGAAGGGCCAUGUCGAUCAGUGGUGCAAAGAAAACUGCGACGCAAACAAGGUGGAAGAGCUCAAAGGGGUAAUGAGAGGGAAAAGAUGUGGUGUGCAAUGUUAUUAAUUUUAUUUAGUACUAUAACGAUCUCAGUUUCAUUUAAUAGGUCGUCGGCCAGAACACUGAAACUUAUUUUAAUCUUAUCACUGACUAAGUUAUUUAAUCACGGUAAUUAAUUCUUUGGCGGCAUAUAAGUGCAUUCUAGCAUGAAGCGAUAUACAGACGUUUUCAUGUUGUCAUAUGACCUCUUUGUGUUUCACCUACAGAUUGACACAGAAGUUUGCGAGCAGACCUUCUCUUGGCUGUCAAAAUAUGCAAAAAUGACAAGGAAAAUGAACAGAGGACACUUCGUCUUUUUCAUAAUUUUUGUCCAGCAUUUACAUAACCUUAGAGAAGAGGAAAAACUGAGAAACAGUGGAUAUAUGGCGUGAUCUAACAAUGAUCAAAUUUGAACCCUUACUGAUAAGGAAGAAAGCUUGGUUGGUGAUCGGAUUUCUUAACUUUAAGUUUCUUUCAACAGCUGGCAUUGAAACAAUGGUUAUAUCUGCUAUUCAAAAUAAAAAUAGUUCUUAAGGAAGAAUGUGAAAAACCAUACAGAAAUAAAACGAAGUGCUCAUAAAGCUUACUGAGCUUCUCGUGACUCAGGGAAAGUGCGACAUUAAACUUAACUUGUCAGACUAAUCUACCCUUCCACACCUCCGAGAAGUGUGGAACUAAGUAAAGAAUGACAAGGGGUUCUUAACAGGGGGAAAAGUGUGACAAUAUCCUUACUUUGUCGGACUAUUCCACACUUCCACACCUCUGAGAAGUGUAGAACUAAGUAAAGAAUGACAAAGGGUUCAUGACUGGGGGAAAGUGCGACAAUAUCCUUACUUUGUCGGACUUUUCCACACUUCCACACCUCUGAGAAGUGUAGAACUAAGUAAAGAAUGACAAAGGGUUCAUGACUGGGGGAAAGUGCGACAAUAUCCUUACUUUGUCGGACUAUUCCACACUUCCACACCUCUGAGAAGUGUAGAACUAAGUAAAGAAUGACAAAGGGUUCAUGACUGGGGGAAAGUGCGACAAUAUCCUUACUUUGUCGGACUUUUCCACACUUCCAGACGUCCGGGAAGUGUAGAACUAAGUAAAGAAUGACAAAGGGUUCAUGACUGGGGGAAAGUGCGACAAUAUCCUUACUUUGUCGGACUAUUCCACACUUCCACACCUCUGAGAAGUGUAGAACUAAGUAAAGAAUGACAAGGGGUUCUUAACAGGGGGAAAAGUGUGACAAUAUCCUUACUUUGUCGGACUAUUCCACACUUCCACACCUCUGAGAAGUGUAGAACUAAGUAAAGAAUGACAAAGGGUUCAUGACUGGGGGAAAGUGCGACAAUAUCCUUACUUUGUCGGACUAUUCCACACUUCCACACCUCUGAGAAGUGUAGAACUAAGUAAAGAAUGACAAAGGGUUCAUGACUGGGGGAAAGUGCGACAAUAUCCUUACUUUGUCGGACUAUUCCACACUUCCACACCUCUGAGAAGUGUAGAACUAAGUAAAGAAUGACAAAGGGUUCAUGACUGGGGGAAAGUGCGACAAUAUCCUUACUUUGUCGGACUAUUCCACACUUCCACACCUCUGAGAAGUGUAGAACUAAGUAAAGAAUGACAAAGGGUUCAUGACGGGGGGAAAGUGCGACAAUAUCCUUACUUUGUCGGACUAUUCCACACUUCCACACCUCUGAGAAGUGUAGAACUAAGUAAAGAAUGACAAAGGGUUCAUGACGGGGGGAAAGCGCGACAAUAUCCUGACUUUGUCGGACUAUUCCACACUUCCACACCUCUGAGAAGUGUAGAACUAAGUAAAGAAUGACAAAGGGUUCAUGACUGGGGGAAAGUGCGACAAUAUCCUUACUUUGUCGGACUCUUCCACACUUCCACACCUCUGAGAAGUGUAGAACUAAGUAAAGAAUGACAAAGGGUUCAUGAGUGGGGGAAAGUGCGACAAUAUCCUUACUCUGUCGGACUAUUCCACACUUCCACACCUCUGAGAAGUGUAGAACUAAGUAAGAAGUGAAGAAACUCUGGAUUUCAUGGCCAGCGCUGGACAUGGCUCCCCUGAAGAAGGAAGGCCAUGCCUCCCGAAAUAUUGGUAACAAAAAAAAUUUAUUCCCAUAUGUAAAAUCAGCCUUGCUUCUUUUGUUCAAUAUUUCAAGUUAUAGCUGAUUAGAUCCUUUAUUUGGAUCCGGUCCUACUUUUUUUAUAAGUUGGUCCUUGCUUCCAAAAUUGAAAAGAGGUGCCCAUUUUGGGCGGAGUCUCGCCGUACAAGCCAUCAAAAGGGAGUACCCCCUCGGCUGAUACUUUGUAUUAUAAAACAGGCAGUGAUAUUAGGGUCAUGGUAACACGUUUUUUGUUGUGUAGCUGACUGCAAAAGCUAUAAGUUCUCACUUUACAUUUUAUCUUUAUUCUUCCUCUGUACGAUGAAGGCAUCUACUUUAAAACCUGGUAUUUUACAAAUCAGUGUAAUUUUAUUUGUUUAGACAUUGACGGAAUGGGUAAACCUCAAAGUGGAUUUCGGCUUGGUAAUUUGGCAUGGUUAGGAUCGUACAGUGAAUGUAUGAAUUUAACUGAAGCUCAGUACUGUUUAGCGGGCGUCAAGAUUACAAUUCCCCCAGGGAAUCAGGUUAGUGUUUUAUGGCUAAUCUCGAUGCUAAUUACGUAUCGAUCGGCAUUUGACCUGUUUAACCCUCUCUGGUGUUGGUACUUUGUGACAAAUCUGCAGGGUAAAUUUUUGCUUUCAAAAAUUUGUUCUCCUGCUGGUAGUGCAAAACACUCAUUUAGGGAACUGACGUGAGCGGCAUAGCCUUGAAGCCGCGAGAUUUGCUUCAGUUGCACGUGAAGCCCAAAUGCGGCACAAAUCCAGUCCAUCACGAAAACCUACUUGCUCUCCGCAGAUUGGAUGGUAUACUUAUCUCUGGAGAAAUAUUUCGCUACUACGUGCAUGCACCAGUUCUCUUGUUGUCACUGCUGGCCCUUUUCUAAACCGGAAUCUCUUCUAUAUUCAGCUGUUGCCUACCAGAUUAUAUUAAAUGUCUCAGGCUGUCCACAAUGUGCGUUGCUCUGCUCGGGUCUGGUCGAAUUGGGUUAUGUUUAUAAUAACUAAAUACAUCCUCUCUAAAAACGUUUUCAAGCAAGAGAAGUAACCAUUUCAGUCAUCAUUAAGGUGUCCCCUUUCAAUAAACAAAAUUGUAGCUAAACUCGCUGACAUAUUGUUUACUUUUUUAGAGCAUUCCCAUCCAGUGGGGAUUCUGUGCCCCUCAAAGCUGCAGUGAAGAUGAUAUAACUAAUAGGCUGGCGAUGAUUUUUAGUAAGUGACGGCUAUGAUUAUUUUUUUAUCAUUUUGACUACUUUGGAAAUCACGUGAAACUGAUUAUGAUGCGGGGAACGUAUAAGGCUCAGUAAAUCCCUAGAUCCGCUGUAGUUUUAGGGAAAAAUCAUUUGAUUCAGUAAUCCGUAGACAUUUUUGUCAAAAUCAUAAAUGGCAAGGCGUCUAUUGUAUUAAGACAAUGACUUUUAGCUCUGUACUGUCGUAGAAAUUAUUUUACAUACUAUCACUUUUCCUUGCAAAUAGUAAACCAUUUUCACUGUUAGAACAACCACUUACUGCCUUCGCGAAAAUAAGUUAUGGGAAGCAAGAUUAUGCUACCGUCAUCAGCUCAAACUGAGAAAAGGAGCAAUGACAAAUUAAACCGGCGCUUUUAAAAAUGAUGCUCUCUGCAAACCUCUGAAAAGAAAGGAAUCCAUUCCUCUUUAAACAUUAGGACAACAAACUAAAAGGUAAGAACGAAAGAGUUCCGGUCCAGCUAGGGAGAUUACCCUCACAAACACACCAACAACUUUUCAACUUGAGCCUUUUCAAUUUGGUAGCAAAGGAACUGACGGUAGGCAACUUCUCGUAUUUCGAGCAACUUUUUUUCGUUUCAAGCGAGCAACUUUUUGCAUUCUGAGAAAUUUCUCUAAUUAUCUUCUAAUUCGGAGAUAUCGAGCAGCUUUUAGUGCUUAAUUAUAAAUUGGCCUUUCUUCUAUAUUUCGCAAUGUUUUUGUAGACAAUUUAUGAAAUUCCUGUAAAAAAAAGGAGCCAAAUCCUCCCCCUGGGGCAGAUCAUGGGGGCAAGGUAAAAGUAGCUGAGCUGCUAGGUCAGCGGUUUUUAGAGGAAAUUCAAAAUGGUGGACAAAGAUUCACACUCAACCAGCUCAUCCGACUUGAGUGUGUCGGGUAAAGAAGGCCAUUCAACAAUUUUAUUGGCUCAUUACAUUUUUUGGUUUUAAUUGAGGAUAAAGUUGCUUUGCAAUGCUGGUUACGCGGCAGAAAUGCACAAAAAUGCUUAGAAAUCGUACUUUUGUUGUACAAUUUGCAUAUUUUAGCUUCAGACCAAGAGCCACCAUAGGAACUAUUAUGGCUCUUGCUUCAGACCCAAAAAAUGUUUUUGUUUUUUCGAGCAACUUUUCAACAACGUUCGUUACAAAAAGCAAGUUUUGAUUGCUUUUUGAGCAACUUUUUGAGAAAUCACAGGAAUCUCGAGCAACUUGUGGAAAGCCUUAACUGACGGUGUGCCCUUGUAGAGGAAAAGGAAAAAAAGGGAGAAUAACUAACCUGAUAAGGGUAGGUCUACCGUACAUACGUAAAAUAAAAAAAACAACAAAACACAACACCGAGAAAGGAAAUGUAUUAGAAAAGGGAGGGUAACACUCCAUGUGCCGGAUCCAGACCUUGAGAUAAGGGUGGGGGGUCGGUCAUCCAGAACCCUAGAUAAGGGAGGGGGGAGGCGGUCUCCAAAAAAAAAUUUUUUCGGCUCUUCGGGCCUCAGUUUGGUCUAAAAAUAAGGGGUGGGGGGAUCCGCUACUGCACCCGUUAGCCCGACAGGACCAGGAACCCAUCCUAAGACAGGUUAUAGGAAGUAAAUUAGACUACCCUUCUGGUCACGACAGGGGCGGGAAGGGAAAGGGUCCAACAAAAAAUAUAGCAACAAAAGGUGACAUACAACCAGGUAGACCAUACAAGCAAUAUCUUUCUUAGGUCGAACACACGACCAAAAAUCUUCAUCACGUCGAACACACGACCACUAUCUUUCUCAGGGCGAACACACGACCAAAUCUUUCUCAGAUCGAACACAUUACCAACACUAUUUUCAGGUCGCACACACGACCAAAAACAUUCUCAGGUCCAACACACGACCAAAACCUUUCUCAGGUCAAACACAUCCGAACAUUUUCUCAGGUCGAACACACGGCCAGAAUCUUUCUCAGGUCGACACAUGACCAAACUCACUCAAAAAUUACAACCUGGCUGAGGGCCUGUUUACAUGGAGGUGGGCGACCCCAGAUAGGUGAGGUAACAUGUGGCGAGUAAACCCACCUAUCAUGUAAACGUGAUCAAAUUAAAUCGAGAGAUUAUAUGGACAGGCGGGUUACCUCACCUACCUGGGGUCUUGGGUUAUCUCACCUACCUGGGGUCCCCCACCUCCGUGUAAAAAGGCCCUAAGAACGGCGUUACUUGGCACAAGACACUGAAAUCACGGAUCGAUGGCUUAAAUAGGCAAAAGGACUCCCCCGAGACUCCACAGGAUUGUCUGCAAGCCCUGGGGGACUACGAAAAUACCAGCUCCACUGUGCACUUGACAACUGAAAUAAUUACUUGCUUUUCGAUGUUUAAAAAAAAAAAUCAGAUGCUAUGAUAUCAAACGUUUGCUCAACGGCGAUUGUCAUUUCUCUUAGCAAAUGCCCUGACAUUGUACGUGGUUUAAAUUACUGACGUUAACGUAUAAACCUUGAAUGUUAUUAGAAUGACCUCUUUUUCAUUUAUAGAUUGGACGCUAAAUAUUUUACAGCUGAACAAUAAGCCACUGUUUCCUGGGUUUGAUAGUGCCGACAAGAAAUACGUUCACUGUGCUAAGCCCUCUACAUACAGUGGUGGAGUUAUUGCUACAAUGUAAGUCAUGUUUUAAUCGCUCAUUUAUUUCACUGCAUUGUUGGUUUUAGAAAUAGUUUUGAAGAAGAAGUUCGAAAAAUUAACCUUUGGAAAUAGCCGGUUUGAACGAUUUUUUGACACCGUAAUUUUUCCAAAUUAGGUCAGUUGUCAAACGAUGUUCACAUAUUUUUACAGGUAACUCUCUUUUAACGGAUACCUCUAUAAAACGGCCACUGCCACGUCUUCCCUUAAUAAAGCAGACUUUCCUUUCUUCAUCUAUCUCAAGUCUUUGACUUUCUUCUGCUGAGCCAGAUAUUUUUCUGUGCUGAACUUAAAGCGCUGGUUCCAGCAGGGAGAGGUAAUUACCGUGUGGCGCGAAAUUUUUGCGGAAGUUUAUUUUUGCGGAUUGGCGAUUUUUUGUGUUUUGCGGGAACUAAUUUUUUGCGAUCAGGACAGAUUGGUUUUUCUUGCUGGGAAUUAAUUUUUGCGAUUUUCAGAAAGUACGAGCAAUAGAUAAUACAUAUUUUCAAGCAAUAAACCAGUAUUUCGUUGUUUCUGAAUGAAAGAGACAAGUUGUAAUUGAACAGACUCAAUUUCUUAGCACUGUAUUUUUGUGUAGCGAAUUUAAGUUAGAGAAUAUUUACUGUGGAGUAAAUUUUCGGGGGGAAAAUGUUUGCGGUAAUUUUUAUUUGCGGGAACUUAUUUUUGCGGAUCGCUGGAAAAACCGCAAAAAUUGCAAAAAUUAGAACCCGCAAAAAUUUCGUGCCACACGGUAUUAUAGCCAAGUCACACUUACAGCAAAAGGAGCUCCAAAAUGUGACCUUAUUUAAUUAACUGACAUUCUUUCAUGCAGACAUUAACCAAUCAGAGGCCAAGGACAGUCGAAGUCCAGCUGGCUUCUGAUUGGAUUAAAUCUGUACGAAAGAAUGUGAAUAAUCAAAAGUGGUCACACUUUUGGGCUCCUUACUUUAAAUCCUUAAACAGGUGAUUUUUAAAUCAGAAAUUAAAAUUAAAAUUAACUUUAAAUGAAAAUUUGUGUUUGGAACGAAAUGUGUUAGUCAGCUGGACGAGAAAGUGAAAUUACUUUCUUGAUUUCAGAAAUGUGUCUACAAUAGUUUUAAAAUCUUCAUAACAAUUGUUUUUAAAUCCCACAGAACUCUAUGUGGGGUAAUCCUCUCUCUGUGUGCUAUUGGAACUUUUUGGGACAUUUUAACUGACUGUAUGAAGCCACAUCUGGAAUCAGCUGUUAACAAGAAUGAAGGAUUUAUGCCAGUUGAACAAGAUAGUGUGGCUCGGAUUGGUGACAGUAGCUCAAUUCCUGUCCUGGUUAACACCGAAAAAUCAGGCAGGUUUAAUCAAUAAAUUAAGGUCAGAAAAAAUAUAUAAUGUAAUUGAAAAGAAUGAUCAUUCAUGAAAAACAAUCACUUGCACUAGGAGCAAAAAUAUAAAGAUGAAAUUGUAUGUACAAAUGCUCGUCAACGCGGAGUGUGAGACACAUCUAUUGAUACCUACAAGGAUUUUUGGGUUUGUAUUGUUGCUGGCUUUCUCGCGGAAGUGAAACAGCCAGAUUUAGUGAUUCAGGUGUAUUGAGUGCGUUGCUCACACCAUCAUCAUCAUCAUCAUCAUCAUCAUCAUCAUCAUCAUCAUCAUCAUCAUCAUCAUCAUCACACUAUUCAGGCACAGAACAAAAUGAGAUAACACAGGAAACUAUAGAAAACAAAAUGGCACAGAUAUUUAACAUAAAGGUACAAUUUAUAAAUCUGGAUUCCCAAUUAUUUUUUCCGGGUAAGCCUCUACUUUAGCUGGAGUCCAGUUAGUGUAAUUUACAAGGAGUGUGUCCAAUCCAUGCCACCUUUAUGCCAUUGUGAGGAUAUGGUCUAUAUUUGGCUUAGUAUUGCCGACUGUCUUUCAGUGUUUACUGUUAUGAACAAAAUAUACCGUUAAGUGUCAGAACAUAACUCUUACUCAUAGAAAACGUCCUUGAAAAGGAAAACUAGACUUAUGUGUUUUAAGGGUGUACACAAACAGAACUAGUUUGAAAUCAAGAGAAUUCGUGGAACUUGACAGUAUGCGUGCUUUCUACUCAUACCCACCAAUUUUGUGGUGAGCGAUUUUCCAGAAGACGGUACUGCAUACAAAACAAGGCCUUGGCGGUAUUAUUAAAGGCCUAAGUUAGCUCUCAAAGAAAUGAAGAAAAAAGUAGCUUGAAGGGCGCCGAUGUACAGAAACAUUUUUACAAAGCAUAAGACAACACUGUUCAGUAGUAAAUAGGUGGAAUAUUGUCCGCGUGGAUACCCUGCAUAUCGAUUACAGUGAGAGACCUUUCGACAACUUGAGAGUCAAAGUGUGAUGCACCUCGUCAGUUGAUGAUAUUUUAGUUUUGAUAUUGAACUAAUGGGAAGUGAAGUAAUGUUGUUUGUCGCCUGCCAGUUAAAUCAUGGUGUUAUUGGUUAAAACUUUAAAUUGAAGUGUUGCAUUUUGACCCGUCUUUUGUCAUAGUAAAAACGAUCGUUUUUUGUUAGUCAAACUGUCCGUGUUGUCUAGUCACUUUUGAUAUUGUUAUCAGUUUUAUCACAGUUGGUCAAGGACUAAGACGCUUGUAAUUUGCCGAUGACUGCUGACAUCGAUUCAGUCUUCAGGCUAUUAUUGGUGUGUGUAAAGACGCUGAUUAAUUGCAAUUAUUAUUUAGGUUGGGGAAGAAAACUAAUUAAGUUCAUCCAAUGCUUUUCACUGAUUAAGAACACGAGCCUCAUUAUGGACACGACAAUCAAACCAGGCGCCAUUACCUCCAUCAAUGGCGUGAGAGUCCUCAGCAUGUGGUGGGUCAUACUUGGACAUGUGUUUAUCUGGCAGUUGAUUGGGGGAAAUGUCAGUAAGUUCUGGCAGUAUGGCUUGUACUAUAUAUAUAAAAUCAUGUUUCCAAUACUUUGUAAUCGUAAUUGGUUUCAUACGUUUUUCAGUGCAAGUUAGACAUCUUACUUCUUCAUUGCUGGUUUUCACAUGACUUCAUUAGAAUUCAGCACUAAAGAAUUAUCGACCUUCCAAAGUUUUUACUUUUAUGAAGAAGGAGGGCAGCUUAAAAAUAAUAUUCAUAUAAAUCUCACUUCAAAAGGGCUCUUCGUUUUUGUGAUGCAGUAUGUACGCUUUUGUGUGACGCGGCAUUUUCAUGCCGGCGAAAAGAGCUGUCAUGUAGGUUAAGCUGACCCAUUUUGGUGGAUUUUGCUUUCUGAACAGUCAUUGUAUUAGAAAACGUAUUCCUUGAAUGUUUAUGAGUUCCUUAUUUGAGUGAUUAAUUCACGCUUUCGUUGCAAACCUCAGUGACAGCGGUUCGCUUUUUAAGCUUUUUUUUUGUGUAAAUUGGACUUAUAACUUUCUUCACUUCAAGUCAUAACUUAAUCUGAAUUUCAUAAGUUCAGAAAUGCCAGCAUCUUGUAGAGGAUAUCCACAGCUCUUUGAAAUUAUUGAAACUCAAAUAAUUUUGAUGUACCUUGUUUUAUUCCAGGCAAUCUGGCUGUGGCCAUCCCAAACAUUCUGACUCGUUUCAGUUUCCAAGCUAUUGCCAACGCUUUUUUCUCGGUUGACAGCUUUUUCUUUUUAAGGUGAGUGAAAAGUAUUUAUAAUCGUAACGAUUUGAACGUUAUUUCAUAUUUCACAAGUUUUUUGUGUUGACGUCGGAAUAGGAUCAUCGUUUUGUUUUGAACUGUGAACCUUAAAUGCAUAUUUUCACUGUUUUGUUAGCUCCAUGAGUUUAUUGUGCUUCUUUUUAUUCCAGUGGUCUUCUUGUGUCUUACCUUUCCUUUCGACAAAUGGAUCGUGCUAAAGGACGUUUACCGCUUUUUAAGUUUUACUUCCAUCGCUUCUGGAGGCGAGUGUUUACUUUGUUUUUAUAUCCGUUGUGGUAUGACGUAACGUAUAUAGGGCGGUCCAAGUAAUGUUGUACUCAAUAUCUCUAUUUCUCGCACUCCCUGAAGCGAUUUUAAGCGAGAGGGUUAUUUCAGAGCUCUUGACAAGAGAUCUGGGUCAAAAAUAAGCGAGAGCAGGGGGCGUAGCCAGGCGAUUUCUUGGCAUCGUAGAUCGCACGCCAAAACUUUCACACGUAUUUUCACCCUUCUCAUAGUGUACAAUCAUUUAUGACUGAGUCUUAGUGGACACUGACAUGGCGAGGGGAAAAAUGAGCACAGUGGCUAAUUUCUCGGUUGUUUCGCUCAGUGUAUUUCUAACUUGUCAAAGAAGAAGAAGGCGGGGCAGCCUUUUUAGUACAAAUUGACCGGCAAGUAUUUUAACGGGGCUAAGUAGAAUUGAAAUGGGGGCUAGUCAGAUCAAUUCUCACGUAAAAUUAAGCAAAGUAAAGAAAAGAACCAUUCAGAUAGAUUGGUUUGUUCGAAGUUGCUGCGUCGAUCAAUGUAGAAUAGUCAUAGGGCAAGAAAAUAAACUUGCCUUGUUAAUUCAAAGUAGCGAUCAAUUCCAUUAUAUCAAGUUAAUCCCCAGCAUUAAAGAAAGCAAAAACAAAACCAAAAACCCAAAAUUAAACAAAAACAAGCGAGAAGAAAAAACGGUGAACGAGGUGUUAUUUAAGAGCUGAGACCCUCCAUCCAAAAUAACUUGUUUCUAUGAUUCUAGCUGGUGAUCAAAGUAAACAAAGGGGAACCCUUUACAACGUAUCGACUUGAAAAGUCAUGAUGGUGUUCAGCGACAGAUUUUCCGUGUAAAUUAUGUGCCAAUUUUGCAUGCGUAUCACCCUGAUAGCUGUUGCAAAAAUACGGUUACAUUUUUCCCCAAGCCCUUAUUGACUUCCUAAGAUGGACAGGAACAUAACUCGUUUUGGGCGUGGCUCCAAUUCAUUUUCACAUUUGAAAGAGUAUCUACUUCUGCGUGUCUUUUUUGAAUAAAAGCUCUUAGAAUACUGCAGCAGAUCUAAGUAAGAGCAAUUAUUAUAGAUUUAACCACCCUAAAGCGGUACCAAUCCACUCAAAGCUACGACGAGCAUCCCCGUUAUUUUUAGUGUGAAAUCCCCCGAAUCCUUUUGCUUAACAUGUCAUGUUAGUUCGUAUGAGACUUUACUUUAAGAACUCAACGACUACAAUUUGGGGUAACCAGGAAUGUUCUCAAAUCGAUUGUAAAGUAAAAAAUCGCGUUCCAUCGAUUUCUCAUAAAAGGCACCCUUUUACGGCUUUACUGUGACCUAUUCUCAUUUUGUUACAGGCUGACUCCCACUUACAUGUUCGUGUUGUUGUUCUAUGCAAAAAUGACUGGUUUCUUGGGGGAAGGCCCUUUGUGGUAUCAAGAGCAGAGAAACCCAGCUUGUGAUAAAUACUGGUGGACUAAUCUUCUCUAUAUCAACAAUUUCUGGCCGAAGGGAUUACAGAGUGAGGUAUGUGUGUGAGUGUGACCCCGUUUUGCGCGGUCGACACCUAAUUUUUUUAUGGUAAAAUCUGUGACCCUCGGAUUACAUAUAAUUAUAUAUGUUAGGAGAUGUAUAGCUCGCUCGGCCAAUAAACGAGUAAGGUACCGAGACUCUGUUCUUCCACUUCUGAGUUUUUAUUCUCUUGUGGCGUUCUACAACUAAGACAACUCUUCUUCUAUUAGCAAUCCAUCACCGGCGAAUUAAAUAACCAAAUUGUAGACGUGUUUGGGUUAGCUGACCGUGAGAACUUUCCAUCGCUCAUCCUGUCGCUUAACUUGGGGAGAAUAGAAUAGUCUACAUUGUCGUAAUUGACUAGUACCAAAGAGCCAAUUGAAUGCUAGCGGUAAAAACUGCUCGCUAGAACCACGCAUACAAAACAGGAACUUCAGUGUAGGUAAAACUCAAGGUCAGCUUUUGUCCCCGAACAUGCUUAGUUCAAAGAUCUACAACAAAGUUUAAUUAUUCCUUCAAAUAGACGAAUGGAUACUUCUCAAAAACGCAGGAACUAACCGUGUGGGCUAUACAUUGAAUUUCCUUGGACUAUAAACUUUUUAUUAAGAAACUAGCACGUACUACAAAGUAAUCACUCGAAUAAACAUAAGGAAAACCUUAAUAAUACCAAAACUCAAAAACAAAACUAAAGGCAACUAUGUAUUUGCGUUAAAGGCCUGGUGUGUGGAAGGCGAGAUUAGAGAGAGUUCAGAAGUGAGACAACAGGGUAGGUAGCAACAGAAGUGAGAAGUGUAGAAGAAAUCGUGAAAGCUAAAAAGACAGUGCAGCACUGGUUUGUGAAGACUUUACACGAGAUCAGUAUUUUCAGUGCAUCGCACUUUAGUUAAUUCCUUCGUCCUUUAUUCUUACAGUCUUCAAAGCAUGAGCGAACCGUCAUAAGCAAACUGCACGUAUUUGUAUAGUUAUUCAGUUAAUAUUUCACAUAAAUUUUAACUGCCUCUCUUAUCUUUCAAUUAAACUAUGUAUUCCUUGCUACCAUAAGGACUGAUGAUGUAAUUUAUUGUAAAUUGAUAGUGCAUGAACUGGAGUUGGUACUUGGCAAAUGACAUGCAGUUUUACAUCAUAAGCCCAAUCAUUCUUUUAGCAGCUGGACGGUAAGUACAAACGUAAUGAAAGUGUCACUUCAGAGUAGUGCUUCUACUAGGGGUUAAAAGGGGAACUGUAGUUUUUUCUAAACUUUUUGUUUGUUGGUAUUGUUGCUUUUUUUUGUUAACAACCGCUUGUAUUCACGUUAAUUAACGGGACUGUUUAGAAAGAACAAAAAACGCCUGAAUUUUGCGCUUACAUUAAGUAACUCGUUAUUCUUUGUAACCAUUGCCCGCCUCGACUAGUUCUCACUAACUGCUGGUAGAGCGCUUUUUGCAAAACAUUUGAAAAGAAUUACUGAAUAAACUGAAACUGAAGAUCGAGCAGUGUUGGAGUAUAUAUGUUGUGGACUUGCAUCCUCAUAGAAACAUUCGUCUUCUUUUUAAGUUUUUUUUUUCCUUUUUUCCAGAUUUGGAAAGCGUGGUUUCCUCAUAACAUUUGCAUCUCUUCUUCUUGGCCACUUCAUCACUACCGCUGUAAUUUUAGGUCACUACAAUCUUGAUCCUCUUUUGAUGGGUGGAGGUGAAAACCCGUAAGUAAAAAUGCAACACGGCAGUCGAAAUACAUCAAACACACGAUAGAGUGUAUGUUACAUAUCCAACACAGAGGAAAAAAAAGUUUAGAUACCAUUGUAGCAUGGCGACCAGUGGCCCGUAUUUAGGGACCCAAGGGAACGAAACUACGACGGCCACGACAACUUAAACAGGAACGUAAAAAAAGGUAACGGGUUUAUGAGAAAAACAACAGCUCUGCAAGUGCAUCAACCUUUAUGUCAAUUUCUUCGCUGUCCCUUCACAAAUACAACGUGAAAUGACCAAAUUUUAAGAUUAUCCGAGAACGGGAACGGCAAGGCGAUAACUUUUUGCUGUCUGUUUGUGAACUCGGACGCGGUGGCAUCAACCAACGAGGAAAUUGUCAUCAGUUGUCGCAAGACCACGUUCUUUUGUCAUUUGUUUGUCUUUUGAAUUAUUCGUGUGUUUAAGAGUCUCUAUUCGAAAACCUUUCGUUAAUUGUUAGUAAUCUAAGGACCAGUUUAUAUCGGGAUCGUUUUUGACAUGUGCCGAAUUUAAUGCUAAUGAGGAAAAUCUAUUGUUCUCGCUCAUUGGCAUUAGAUUCGGCAAAUCACGUGAAAUGCUAUGCGACUUAAAAGAAACCCAACAUUAUGCAAAGAUUGCUCCAUUUCUUGAAACAAACUACCAGAUGCUGAUUUAAAAAACAAGUUAAAAGGGUAAAAACACACGGUCCAUAAAAGAGAAAGGUAUCAUUCUUGAUACUCAUGCAUGUUUUCAGUUACAGUAAUAAAUGUUCUGUUAAUGGUGCUGUUUCAUUUGUAGCAAUGUUAAUCAAGGCGACAUAAACUUCUCCGACCUGGUUUAUAUCAAGCCUUACUGCAGGAUAGGUCCAUACCUUGUUGGUAUGGGGCUUGGUUAUUUGCUGCAUCUACAAAAAGGCUCCACUAGGAAGCCACACUGGGUAAGGAGAGUUAAUCUAUAUAUAUACUCUCCAGUGGUUGAUACCGACCUUCAGAUAAGAGGAGGGGGGGUGGCUCGGUCAUCCAGACCCUGAGAUAAGAAGAGCGGGAGCCGGUCACAAAAACAUUUUUUCUGCCCUUUAGGCCUCAGUGUGGUCGAAAAAUAAGGAGGAGGGGGUGGGGGCGUUCCCCUCCUCUAGAUUCGCCAGUGCUCUAUACUGUACAGAAUGCAUAUCACCUUUCGUUACGACUAAACAUCAACAGUGUAGGUUAGUCUGGGUUAGCGUAUUUGAAUGUCUUUUUGAAAUGCUUGAAAAUUUUCAUUAAGUUUACAAAGAAACAAAUAUUGCCUUUCCCAAAACGUAGAACCCAUAAAACAUCCUGUCUGUGGAUUAUGGGCCGUUCAAUUAUUGUCGUUUAAAAUGUCCGUAUUUAUAGUGGUGGUCACACAGGUAACCCAGGCUCUGUGAUAGUACCACAGUACGAUUCGCUUUUCGAGUUUCACAAAGUCUGAUAGAUUCUGUUGGCUAGCUGAAGAAGCUUCAUUGGUUUCCUCAUUCCACAUUUUGGUCAGUCCUAUCUCUACGAGCGCAGUGUGUUUAUUUACCGGUAGAGUUCGAAUUUCUUGGAAAAAGUGUCAAAAGUGGUGUGAAUGGUGGCUGCCAUUUCAUCUCCAGCCACCUAUCUUGUCUAUAUGGGAUAAUAUGAGCAUAUUAUCACGAAACUUCGUUGAGUAUUUAGGAAAACAAUAACUUUGAGUUUUCAUUGAGUUUUACUUAGUAUUUCCUACAAAUUUUAGGAUCGUAACUUUACCCCAUAUAAGCACGGUAAUUUUACAGGAAUCGCACUAUGGUACUCACAGAGCCUGGGUUAUCUGUGGUGGACAUGCUAGAAGUCUGUGAUGUUUGAGACGUGUCACAAAUGUAAUACGGAUUUUUUCGUUAAAAUGGAGUAAAGCACACUAAUGAGUAUUCUCUCUUGUUCCCGCGGUGUAGUCAGUUAACAUUUUAUCGAGCUAAAUUGUUACUCUGUGUUGUUUUACUGAUGUAACCUUUUCUUUGUUGUUUAGAUUGUGAUGCUUGUGGGUUGGUGUGUGGCCAUCUUUUUCGCUUUAUCUGUUGUGUACGGACCUUACAGGGCUUUCAAAAAGAACCCAGUACCGUUUACAAAAUUUGAAAAUGUCUUAUACGGGACAUUCAGUCGUUUUGCCUGGGGACUGGCUCUAGCCUGGGUUACUUACGCCUGCCAUCUUGGGUUUGGAGGUAUGUUUCAUGAUUUGAACUGGCAUAGUAAACUUAACCCUCUAUCUUACGAAAUACUUGUAAGUUUGUUAUUAUGAUGAUGAGAAAAGGUUUCAAAAUACAAAAACAAGUAAAUAUAAUGAUACGGACAAAAUCGAUCAUCGUGACGCCAUUUUCAAGUUCUAAAAGUGUAUGGUCGUUUAAUUGUUAGAAAUAAUUUCCUAUUUAUCAUUUCUGACAAUUUAUCGACCAGACACUUGAACUUGAAAACUUGAAAGCUUGAAAACUGAGCCACGAUAACAUCGAAACGUCGUCCGAUUUUAACCGCCUCAUUUUUCACUUGUUUUUUGGCGUUAUGUUAUUAAAUUAUACUUAAAACUGUGAUAUCUUGUAAAUUGAAAUGUGAAUACCCUUGCAUGAGAUGGCAAAUAGAUGCCUUCUCGCCUAAUAAGAAAAGCUCAUAUUUUUGUCCUGAGCCUAUAGGUUGCCAAGUCAGAAAGUAAGUUUUAAUAUAUUUCGUUCGUUUUACCUCCCAAGGCUUGGUUGACAAGAUUUUGUCUGCCUCAUUCUGGAUACCUCUCAGCCGUCUUACAUACACAGCCUACCUUGUACAUCCUAUUGUACUUUUCGUAUUCUUUGGAUCAUUUGAGACUGUCCUGGCCUAUUCAGAUAUACACCUGGUAAGGAUAAGCCAUUAAGUAAUUGAAGUUAGCUUGAGGUUGGGCAACACCAUGAGUAGUGGUGUAGGGAUAUGUGCAGUGCUACUUUGACAUAGCAAGCGGUCGCCGGGAAAUACGCUUCCCCCCUCCCCCGCAACCUCACCCUCCAAUUUUCGAAUCUUGUGACCGCACAAAAGCUGAGAACUAAUACACUUUUAACAAUGUAUGGUUUUUACCUCGACAAGACAACCAAUGAAAUUAGCUUAAGCCGCAACUUUUCUCGCUUUUCCUCUCAAUAGAAAACUACCAAAUCGCCUUCACAAAAAAAUUUUUAAAACCUUCCGACCGAUUUGGAGUAAACCAGGAGUGUUUCUCCAAAAUUUCAUUUGUAAAAGUAUGGUGAAGUCUCAAGGCAUUUCAUCAAAGGUAAAUAAGAAUAACGUGUCGUUGCCGAGCCGAAGACUUUUACCCCAAAAUGGCACAUUAUAAUUGAAAUGUCCAUAUAUAGUCAUUUCCACAGUGGAAACUAUGUGGGACGUUUACGUAAAGCCAAAAUGACUAGGUUUUCCUUUACAAAUCAUGACAUUUGGGCGGGCAUGUUGAGAAGAUUUAUUGAUAAAUACUCUAUAGAUGUACUUAACUCUCAAUGUAUUCAUGCAAUAGUGUUCACUAUAUGUGUAGAAGCAAUAUAUAUAGACCUUCCUUCUUUAUUACUAUGGGCCAGCUGUGGUCCCCGUGCCCGACUUUGCAUAAUGUGGUAUUUUAUUAUACGGAAGCAACGGUGAAAUGGUUGAAGUCCGUAAGUUUUCUUUACUUUUUAAUCAUAGGGAUUUUACUUCGCUGGUGGCGUCACGAUCAGUUAUGGUGUGGCGUUUAUCGUGUCCGUCUGCGUUGAAGUACCCACACUCCUACUGGAAAAGCUAAUAUUCAACAGGGAUCGCUGA